CGAUAGAUUUAUUUCAUAAAACAGAAUAAGAAUAUUUCCGCUCCAAUAGAAUAUGUACAUAGUUGUUCACAUAAAACUGUUUCAGUGACGAUAAACGCACAGUUUAAAAAAAACGAGACUUGAAUUAUUCAUCGAUGAUAAAUUGGACUGAAAAAGCCUCCAUUCUAACUUUGAUAGCUGAAAUCCCAACAUGCCUAUUCCGCCUAUUCCCAUUGUUUGCGAGCACUCACAGAAUAACAUUGAAAACAUAUACCGCUGUAACUUUUUCCGUCGUUUAAGAUUUAAAAUUUAUAGAGCAAUAAAAAUAACAAUAAAUUUCCUAGCGGUCGCGUUCUACUACCUAUGGGGGUUCCAGGAAUAAUGUUUAAACGGGCCACUGAAGACUCGUUGUAUGUACUAUUUACUUAGGACUCUAUAAAUGUUUUAUCAGAGUAUUUCAUUCAUCGAUAUUUGGUCUUGGACUUGUUUAUUAAAUUGUAUGGAAAACUUAUUAAUAAGAAGGUUUCCCGAAGCCGGGUCAUUGUUUAUGGUAAAUUGUCGAUAGUGAUUAAUUUUACUCUGUGAUCCGUCUUCUUGAUUCUAGUGUUUACAUACUCUUCAAAUAUGACAUUACAGCUGUGUCAUGUUGGUUUAGAUUCAUUAUUAUAAAUUUACAUAAUAUUUUACUGUCAGCAUGAAUCACGUGCAAGCGCCCCGGGCGGUGCCCUCGUACUUCUGGAGUUGCGUCACUCUCACCGACGAGUGCCCAUUCUUCUCGACCAUGGACCCCAACCUAUACUACUACGGCAUAGCCCUGAUAGUACUAUACGGAGGAUUUUUGCUAAUGAUUCUUGCUGACUUGAAAUUCUAUUGGUCAGUCGAUCACUUCCAACGGCAAAUAGAUUAUUACAUAAACUUGGUGAGGAAGAAAGUGAGACACGUUCAGUUGGACCAGAGGAGACUGAUGUCCACUCAAGAGCGGACGGAGAAGCAGCUGAAGAGGAGUGAGGAGUGUAAGACUGUAGUGACGAGCAUCAGGGGCGCGCUGUCAGUGGAUGACGCGCGGGAGCUGGACGCCCUGGCGCUGUACUACACCGACACCAUCUCCUCAACCAGAAACGCGUGGACUACGUCAAGACGAUGUCCACAAACGGAGGUUAGCGACUGGCUCCUUUAGCUGCUUGUGUAUCGUCCGACACGCGACAUAAAGAGGUCCCGCUAAAACUAAAACAAUUAAGAAGAAGCCGCACGGUGCGAUUGCAUCACACGAACUUCUUGUUUUCCCACUGAAAACUAUCUUCAUUACACUGGAUCCGUGUAUCUGCUAUCUAAAUCGCACAGAACAUUGUUUUGCGACCACAUUCGCGUUACACACAGACCGUUACGAGAACUAGAUUUCCUCGUAUAUGGCAAAACAGUUGGACGACAUCCAACUGCCUCCUUAACGAUGUAAAAAUUAUUUAUACCAACAAAAUAAAGUCAAUGAAACCAA